AAGUAAUUAUUUCUAUUUGUGUUGAUAUUCGUGUAGGAUUAUGUGUAAUUAAGUUAUAAUCGCCAAAGCUCAAAAGCUUUGUAUGUGUACUGAAAGGAAUAAAUACAAAAAUAAGUACAUUGUCUACUUUUAGGCGCUGCAUGCAAUUUUUAAUCAAAAAGUGAAUCAAUGUAGAGUUUAUUAUUCCAUGGAAAUAGGGUGCACAAAUAAAAACGUAAAAGAAAAUUAUUAAAUAAAAUUGAUAAUAAUAUAUAAAAAAAAUCUCCUAAGUGAUUUAAAGAAAAACACCAAUAAAAUAAAAAAUGGAUUGGCAUGACCCAUACGACUACGAAAUUAUUUGUGAACCGGCAUAUGACGAGCAGCCCGUGCAACUACUGGGUUAUGAUGAAUUUCGCAUCAGAUUUAUGGAUGAACGCCAGGACAUACAAAAGAAGACCUUCACCAAAUGGAUUAACUCACAUCUGCUGAAGACCCAGUGUACACCAGUGAACGACUUGUUUGAGGAUCUGCGCGAUGGCCAUCGAUUGCUGGCGUUGCUCAGUGUACUCACUCAAUCACAGUUGAAACCGGAACGCGGUCGCAUGCGCGUACAUCACAUCAAUAAUAUUAACAAAGUAAUCCAAGUGAUACAAGAGCAUGGCGUCAAGUUGGUGAACAUAUCCAGUGAUGAUAUAGUCGCUGGCAAUCCGAAAUUGACGCUCGGCUUGAUUUGGCUGAUAGCGCUUGAGUUUAACGGCCAAAACCUGGUGAAGAGUCAGUCGAGUAAUGGCGUGGAGAAAUCACUGCUGGCAUGGGCGCGUCAAUUCACCGAACCAUAUGGGCUGCAGCUACAUGACUUCUCCAGCAGUUGGGCCGACGGUAGGGCGUUUCUCAUUGUGCUCAACGCGCAUCUCGAGGAUAUCGAUUUGAGCGCUGCGCUCACAAAGCAUCCGCUGGCACGUUUACGUACCGCGUUCGAUUUGGCACACAAAUACUUUAAGAUAGAGAAAUUACUCGAUCCCGAGGACGUGCACACACACAAACCGGACAACAAAUCGAUUCAAAUGUAUGUGAUGUGUCUGUAUCAUGCCAUGGAAUCGCGUCGCAGCCGUGAACGCAGUGAUAGCGCUGGCGAGGCAGUGUUGUUCGACGAGAAGGCGCAGGAGGCGCUGCCACCGACGCGCAGCAACACCAACACAAAUAUCACCGAUCUCGACGAAGUGCCGUUGGACAGCGCCGACGAGGUGUUCUCUGACUUGAGCAGUACGCCGGUCAGCAGUUCGGAUCCAGUGAAGUCGACGAAGUACAGCAGCGAUACUAUGCACAGCAUUAUGGAUAUCGGCAUGGAUGAGAGCAAACCGUUAGAUUAUCUUCGCAUGGCGAAUGACAAAUCGCGUCCCAUGAGCACAGCCACGAACGCAUCCAUCGAGAUAACGAGCUAUCAAGCAGCUUUGGAAGCGGUGCUUACGCUGCUGUUAGAGGAUGAGCAGAUACUCUCACGUGAGCUGCCCGAAUCGAUUGACUUUCAAAGUGCUAAAAUACAGUUUCACGAGAACGAGCAUUUCAUGCUGAAGCUCACCGAACAUCAGCAGUAUGUGGGCGAAGCGCUCGAAGAGGGUUCGAAUUUGAUCAAUGAAUCGCAAAAGACUUCCGGUCUUACCACCGAAGACCAGAACGAAAUACGUCAGCAGAUGGUAUUGCUCAAUGAACGCUGGGAGACUUUGCGUCUGCAAGCGCUCGAUGUGCAGUCGAAGAUAUUGGCACGCCUCGCCGAAUUUCAAUCGCAACAGAUCGAAAAGUUGCGUCUUUUCCUCACCAAUAUUGAAGAUCGCAUCUCGCAUAUGACCAAUAUUGGACCGAGUUUGCCGGCGGUGCAAGAACAAAUUGCCGAAGGGCGCCAGUUGAAAGACGAUCUGUGCAAUCAGCAAGCGCUGGUUGAUAGCCUUAGUAAUAUGGUGGUGAUUGUAAAUGAUGAGUCGGGAAAUUUCAAUGACCUUGAAGAUAAGUUGUCAGCGCUAGGCGAACGCUGGUCGCAUGUGUCCAAGUGGAGCGACUUGCGGAUGGAGAAGUUGCAGCAAUACAAAUGUAUCUAUCGCUGGCUAGAUACACGCGAACAAGACUUGAAGACAAUGGAGAGCAAAGAUGUAACCGAUCUCGGUGGCAUUACGAAGCGUAUGAACGACUUAAACUAUUGCGCCAAAGAUUUGUUGGAACUGGAGCGUUACCUCAUCGAUUUAAGACAGAUGGUGGCGGCUUCACUGCAAGAGGGCGACGAUCAAGGUGAGCGUGUGCUCAUGCAAUUAGAGAGCUUCGAGGAUCGACUGGAUGCGCUUAAACAGAUUGUUGAAGUACAAACCGACCGCAUCGAGGCGAAAGGCUUCAAGUUCGGGCGUGAUCGUGCGUCAUACGAUGACAGUCGUGUGGUGCGACCGGAUGGCUGGGUGGAUUUCCAAAUGCUAAUCAAAUUUGGUGAAGAAAAUGAAGAUGUGAAUGAAGGAGCAGAAGAUAUAAAUGUGGUGCAGCCGUCACCAGACUCCGUCUAUCAAGUAGUGGAAUCACCCGAGGGCAAUAAGAAACGUAAGUUGCGUAGCUCAGAUAAUUUUUAUCUGCUGACCGGUCGCAUAAUGGAAGCAUGCAACUUCCUAGAAGAUUGUGAGGACCGCCUGCAGAGUGUGCAUCGUCAAAGUUUGCGUAAUCAAAGCGAAAUGCUAAUUUCACUCGAGAAGGAGGUCGCCAAACGCACGGCGCUAAGCAGCGAGCUGAAGCAACUGUACGAAGUGUGUGAGCAGGAGGAAGUCAAACGUAAUUUAAUAAUGGAAGCCACGCAAAUCAAACAAAUUGAUGAGCGCUUUGAAACACUCAAAAAGCAUAUCAUUGAGCAGAAAUCGGAGACAGCGCAAAUCAUAGCCAAGGAAAAGUUCUACAACAGCUUGACUGGCUUCAAGUUGGUGCUAGCCGAUUCGCGUGAUUGGUAUAAGCAGCACUCGCAAUCGGCGAGCAAGGCCGACUUAGAGCAGCGUUUAAGUCACAUGGAAUCACUGUCUGGCGAAAUUGCCGACGCUAAAGAGAUCACAGCAACUCUGAGCGAAGACUUGCAAGAAUGGCGUCAGGAUUUCAGUAUUUUCUACGAGAGUUGGAACGACAUGAAACGCGCAAUUAUUACACUGAUACAAGAGAAGGGUGGAGUAGAUGAAGUCAAUGAGCGGUUGCUGCGCUUAGAAGAUUUCAUGUCGAAAAUGUCUGGUGUUAAAGUGAUAGUCACCGAACUGCCACCAAUGCAAGCGCAGCAGAAACAACUGAAUGAACUCGUCGAUGAGCUAGAACAAUUGAAGGCGGACUACGAAUAUGUCUGCGAAAGACGGCCAGACGCAGUGAACACCGAGUUUGCGGAAAACUGGGCUAAAAUACCGGAAAAGCUCAACGAGCGCGUGAUCAAACAAACGACGGCAAUUGAGAAUCUUAAUCACUUCAACGCAGAGUAUAAUGCUAUAUUGAAUGUGUUGCGUAAGUUGGAGUCUAAGUUCAAGCCGGACGACAUCGAAAGCCCAGAGCAGCACGCACAACCCGCGGUGGGAGACAGUAAUCAACUGAAUAUGGAACUUCGUAAGAUUGAGAUUGAUGUGAUAAGCGCCCGCAAUUUCAGCGAGAUACUUAUAAAGGAUGCGGAGCCAGCGCAUCGCGAACAUUUGCUAUCGCAAAUCAAGGAGCUUAACGAGUUCUUUACAAAAGUGCAAGAUUUGCAUAAGGGGCAGGCCUUGAAACGCACGCAAGUGCUGGACAAAGCAGAAGAAGUACUCGAACGUUUAGCCAAGACCGAAGUUUGGCUGAAUGAGCUCGAACAAAGUACGCCGAAGACGAAAAUCUCGGAGAUCAACAACUCCAAUGAGCUGUUUCAAAUUAAGAGCAAGUUUCAGACACUCAAAGAGGCCUGCGAGCGAGAGUCUGUGGGCUUUCGCGAGUUGAACGACUUAGGCGGCGAGCUGUUGCUGCAAAUGGAUGAACUAAAGACCACAGGUGAGGAAGUGGACGGCAAAUACACACAGUUGCCGAAGAAAUUUACACGUCUGAGCGCACGUUGGACCGAGGUAACGGCACUGGUAUAUGCAAAAACCGCUUUACUGGAGCACAUAUCUACACAGUUGGGCGAGUUCAAAAAAUUCAUGGUUUCCGAGUCUGGUUAUUUGGAUCGGUUGGAGAAUAAGAUAGGCAGCACGCCAGAGAAUGCGGACGCAGAGGAGAUCAUUGAGGAACUUGAUGAUCUCGAAAACGUGCUGCGUGCACACUCUGACGAAUGGUUGGAGAAAAUUCAAGAAAUUGGCAAUGAGCUAAUUGAACAUGAGUUUAUGGCGAGUUCGAUACGUGCCGAAAUCGAUGGUAUUGUGGAGCGUUGGACACAGCUGCAAUUACGCGCCAAGCAACGCACCGAAAUACUGGAGAAAGAAGUGAGUGAGGCCGAGCAGUCCGAGAAGUGUAUUGUACAGUUUGAGGCUUGGCUAACACGUGUCGACGAGAUACUGACCGAACAUCUGGAGAACGAUGUUACCAUUGAGGAUCUGCCAGACGAUUUUCAGCGUUUGGUUAAAGAGUUCGAUACGAAAAAGCAUUGUUUCAAGGAAAUCGAGGACCUCAUAGCGGAGCACACACGUAAUGGCAAGAUUGAAGCCGCCAACCGACUGCAAGAGAAGCUUAACCUAACCGAACUGCGCUUUAAGUCUUGUCAGCUAAAGCUAAAUAAGUGCACUGCACCGCAACCUGCGUACGAAUCCCGUUUAAAUCGCGCUGUGGCGGAGCUGCGUGCAGUCGAACAUUCCACGCUGGUGUUGGACGUAGCGUCGGCAGGGCCCAGCACUGUUCAAGCGCAGUACCAGAAAUGUGUGCAAAUCUACCGCACGCUCUCCGAAAUCAAGCCAGAGAUCGAGAGCACAAUCAAGACCGGACGCAAGGUGUGCGAGGACAAAUUCACACGUUCGCCCAAACAGUUGAGUCAACGCAUCGACGCGUUAAAACAUCUCUACAACGCACUCGGCGAGAACGUCACGCAAUCGAAAGCCUUCCUCGAAACCUUGCUGAAGUUGGCGCACGAACUGGAUGAAUGUUUCGAACAUGCCGAUCAGCUGAUAAGACGUUUCGAAUCACCGCAAGAGAUGCAAGAUCGCAAUUCGGGUUUCCUGGAAUUCGAGGAUCUGCUACAGCGCUGUGAAGAACUGUACGAAGAGUACAACAAGUCAUGCGAUCAAACUUGUAUGGAAGACACACGCCAGAAGAUCGACGAGCUAAAGACGAUCUACAUGAAGCUGACCAGCGCGGAUGUAAUUAAGCGCCUGACCGAGAUGAAGUCGACUCUGCAGAACUUGGACAAUAUAUCGCCGGAGACAUUAAAAGCCAUGGAGCACGAGUUGAAGCAAAUAAACACACCCUCGAAUCCGGAUAUAGAAAAGUUGCAACAACAAGUAAUCGCAAUUGUCGUGGACGCUUUAAAAACGCGUUUUAAUGUAAAUUCCGAGCUGGCAGCACUCUUACCAACACCACCAACAACUGCACAAAGCACCAGUGCACUUGAAAAUACCGACUCCGAUGUUGAAAUUGUUGUAUUAAGCAAUACGGUACGUCAGCGCCGCGCACGUACACCUGGCAUAAAUGACUCACAAAACGCUGGCGACUCACCGACCAAACAUGAGCGGUCUCAACCGAUGCAGACGACAGUCGAAAUGCCGCCAGCAAAGGAUGUCUCCGCAGAGCAGGCGAUGGUUACACAAGUCUUACCCGAUGUCUUGCCACCACAAACAUUCCGUUUAGCAGAAUCUAGUACGCUGUUCUCUCACAUCUCGACAGCCACGCCAAUCGAAACGUCAGACAACGCGCCCGCUAAGCCACCAAAACGUAAGAGCCGUAAAGGUGAACAACACGCCAAAGUCGUGGAGGUGCGCGAACGAAAUUUGCCACACGACAAAAUGUCAGUACAGAAUAUUGAAUUCGAGCCACAGGUCGGUGAGAUCGUAGACACCGUAAAUAUUUUAGAGAGUGUGGAGCCUUUUGUACCCGAAUAUGUGGAGAUGGUACAAAUUGUCGAUCUCUCUGAAGAUUCCGAUUCAUCGAUGCGUGUUGACGCGGACGGCAAAGAAAUACAACGCAGCAAAAGCAAACGUUCGCUUUGUGAGUCACCGAAACCACCACUCUCACCGCUAUUGGAUGACGUAGAAUUGCGCGGUGCGCUGCCACUCAACACGAGCACACCAUUCCUGCGUGUGGAGAAGCAACGCAUCUCGUUCGAUGAGAAGCGCAAACGCAUAGAGAAAGAGCGCGAUAUAUUACGUGACUCGGAAGAGGACGAGGACGAACGACCGUCUAAGGAGCAAGAGUCGUCGAAUAAUUCUCCACCGAAACAACCGAAGCGUUGGCGUCAGCUUACGCUCGCCUUGGAUGAAGAGCAAUCGCCCAAGAAAGCGAAGCCUCAGGAUAUAUCAGAGGGCGCACUGGAUUCACCUGCGCGCAACAGCUUUUAUAGUGCUGACAAAGAGGCAGGUUAUGAUUUGGAACCUCUGGUUUUCUCCGAUGAUGAGGAUAUACCGAGAUUCUCACUAGAAAUGACACCAACAUUUGAUUCCGAUAGUGAUACGAGUCGCAUUGAGACACCCGGUGCUAAGAAACCCAAUUUCUUUGAAAGCAAAAUUCUGCCCACCUCUCCGUCUUUGGACGAUUCGAAUAUCACUUUGAAAAGCCCUUACUCCGACAGCCCGCUGAGUUUUCGCGACAACGCGCCCCUGGAUCAACGUGUGCAAACGUUCGAUAAAAUGGCUAAGUAUAUGAUACGCAAAAUGGAGGCGACCAAGGACAAGAUCGAAAAGUGUAACGAGGGAGAGGUCGCCAUCGAGGACUUGAAACUUUUAAUUGCGCCCGAUGCCGCCACUUUGAUAUCACAAGGUGAUUCCUUGGUCCUGGAAACUCACGGCAAACAGGGUAAUCUUUCACGCUUAGUUAUGAAAACGCAGAUCAUUCUACGUGAAAAGUUCCGUGAAGUGCAGCAAGCCAAAUCCAAGGUACCCGGUGUGCCACAACCGAUCGACGGCAGCAAUACGCCCAGUCCGCGCUCCACACUCGAAAAGCUGAACAUCGACUUGGAGGAACUCGUCACUAAAGGUCUCAAACGGAUAAAUGAUCUGAUUGAAAAGCCGUACGAUAAAGCAUCCAUUGAGGCGCUACAGCGCCGCCUAGAGGAGAUUAGCGAUCGUCGCGACGACUUGAAAUUGAUCGUGAACAAAAUUGGCAAAAGUGAGGAGCGUCCUAAGGUGACUGCUACUAUGAUGGCUGAUAUUGAAAAGUCCAAGAACAACCUACAACUACACGCCGAUGCUGUGGAGCUUUCGCUGACCGAAUUGAAACAGAUCAAUAAAUUGUCAGCACGCAACGGCGAUGAUAAAGAUUAUAACGACGAGGCGAGUGGCACCGGUGUAUUGGCUGGCAGUUUCGAUAAAUCCGUAUUGCAAAUAUCGGAUUGGCUGACGUGGGAGCAAAACAUGAUAAAAAUACAAAGUGUUGCCGUGGACGAUGUGGACGCGGUGCGGUUGGCCAUCGAGAAGCAGGAGAAAGUUUUACGCGAAUUGAAAAUGAAAAAGCCGCAACUCAAUGAACUGGUUCACACGGCUGAAGUGCUGAAGGGCGACGUUAAGCGGCAACAGUUGCAGGAAAAAGAAUUAAAGCAAUUUUCGCUUGCGCCUCAUUGCGCAGCUGAUUUGGAUUAUAUGCGUUGUUGUUUGAAAGUUACACGCUUACGCGAACACUGGGAUGACACGUCACAGUGUGUGAUGCAGCGCGCCGCCCAACUGAAGAACAUGCUCGGCGAUUCACAGCGCUAUGAAACCAAGCGCUUGGAGCUGGAAAAGUGGCUGGCACGUAUGGAGGCACGCGCCGAACGUAUGGGCAGUGUCGCGACCACCGCCGAUGUUUUGGAAGCGCAACAAAAGGAGCAAAAGUCCUUCCACGCCGAGUUGCAUCAGAAUAAGCAACAAUUUGAGCUCUUCAACGCUUUGACGCAAAAAUUGAUUGCUGUUUAUCCAUCAGAUGACACUACGCGCAUCAAGAAGAUGACGGAAGCUAUUAAUCAAAGAUAUUCUAACCUAAACAAUGGCGUCAUCAAUCGUGGCAAGCAACUACACGCCGCUGUGCACAGUCUUCAGUCGUUCGAUCGCGCCAUGGAUCAAUUCCUCGCUUUUCUCUCCGAGUCUGAAUCACUCUGCGAGAGCGCCGAAGCUGAAAUUGAUCGAAAUCCUCUAAUGUUUAAGGUAAGUCGACUGCUCCUUCAACCUUCGUACACUAAAAUGGCAAUUUUGGUAAGCUGCAACCUUAAAAAUUGAGUAUAAAUAAAGACUGGCAAAGAAAUUCCACCAAUCUACCACAAGCGAUAUUCAAAACAUUUGUGCUUUUCCCCCAACAACAACAUCAGUUUCUGCUGCAUGCGUGUAGAUUUCAAUUAGAGAUAUGAAACUGAUAAAUACAGUGUCAUUCAGACAAUAGAACUCACAACCAAAAUAGAAAAUGGCCAACUAAAAUGAAGAGCGACAGCCAUGAGAAAUCUUCGAAAGACAAAAUCAAAUUUAAUUUUUUUAUUUAAAACUCAGGAGAUGACAACAUUAAAUCGCUCAUUUUACCACAAAAAGCUUGCGCGGGUGCGAGAGUGUAUUUAUAGCGCGCGUGGAGGCAUUAUACAUUUUAAGCACUUGUUUGUGUGUGAGUGUGUUUGAAUGCGCGUCUUCGCUGUGUGACAGCUACACCGCCAGUGUAUGUGUGCGCGUGUGUGCGUGGAGGCAGGCAUAGCGAAUGAUUGAUGAGCAUUUAUUAUUAAAUACUGUGUUAAAAGGAAGUGCCACGAAGCGCCGCAAGAGCCGGGAGCAGCCAAGAGAAGGCGGAUCUAAGCCACAUUGCGCGCCGGCAAAGUGACGAAAAAUGCUUAAACAAUUGACUGUUGUUUGCCACAAGAGCACACGAAUGCUAAGUAGGGCAACGUCGCAAAACGUUUCGCUGCUUGUGCCUGUAUGUGUAUGUAUGGGGAAUUUAAUUCAAGUAAAUCUACUCAAAAUCAGUCGCUGCUUUUCCAUUUUACUUUAGGCACAAACACACAUUUAAAUUCAAAUUAGUUUUCAAUUUGUUUGAGCGUCUGUUAAAGCAGUUAGAGCUGACAGACGCUGCUUGAAUGGCAGAUGGAAAUCUAAAACAAAAUAAACUAAAUAAAUGACAAUGAUAUGGCGUAUGAAAUGAAUAUUAAAGUUUUUUAAAGACAAGGGUUUAUGUAAUUUUUCGAAGAUAUGAAAAUAUAGUGGAAUAAUUGCAGAGAAAAAGCUCUGUCUAAAUCUUCAAAAUUGAGUAUAAGUUAAGGAAAACUACAAG